GAACACAGUCAUACUCUCAUCUCUUUGAUCUUUUAUUAUUACAUAUUAAUAUCCAUCGGGGGAUCCGCGAUCCAAUUCAAAUCCUUUCGUCACCAGUUCUAUCAAAUUCAAAUCCUAUCAUACGCCGACAUGAUGUGGACAAUCGUGAUAGCAUUCCUUUUGGUAUUUUGCGACCUUGCCAUGACAUUCGACAUUCCGCAAGAUACCUCGCCGAGCGCGCUCAUGAAUACGAUGCGGAAUAAUCAGGAACAGUUGAACAGCGCCAAAUUCAAUAUCGAUGCCAACCUUAAUACAGUGCAAAUGAUAAGAAAAGCUGGUUAUCCUGCGGAGGCUCACGUUGUACAGACGCAGGACGGUUAUCUAUUAACACUUCAUCGUAUCCCAAAUAACGAGCAUCAGCCAGUGUUGUUGCAGCACGGUUUGUUGUGUAGCUCUGCCGACUGGGUCAUUGCCGGCAAGGAUAAAGGACUUGCUUUCAUAUUGGCUGAUCAGGGCUAUGAUGUUUGGUUGGGCAAUAUUCGUGGGAAUACUUACUCAAGGGCACAUGUUUCUUUAUCUCCAUCGGAUUCAAGAUUUUGGAAUUUCAGCUUUCAUGAAAUGGGCAUCUAUGAUUUACCUGCGAUGAUUUCGUAUAUCACGAAUGUGACAUCACAUCCAUUGCUCACAUACAUUGGUCAUUCGAUGGGUACAACUUCUUUUUAUGUAAUGGCAGUGGAACGUCCAGAAAUCGCUCGAAUGGUGCAAAUGAUGAUUAGUCUCGCGCCUCCAGUUUUUAUGAACCAUAUGAAAAGUCCAAUACGAUAUUUUUCUCGUUUCGCACAGAAACUUGAGAUAAUCGCACAUUUCUUCGGCAAAAACGAGUUUCUUCCACACAGCGAUAUGCUAUAUUAUCUGAGUAAGUAUGGCUGUGAUACGUUUAAUAUUGAGAAGGAGAUCUGCGCCAACGUGAUAUUCCUAAUCUGUGGAUUCGACAAAGAACAGUUCAACUACACUCUGCUACCAGUGAUUCUGAAUCACGACCCAGCCGGCGCCUCGGCUAAAACGAUGGUGCACUUCAACCAGGAAAUUGAGUCGGGCAAAUUUCGUCAAUACGACUAUGGACGCAAAAAUAAUUUGCUGAUUUACAAUGCAACGGAACCGCCGGACUACGAUCUAACGAGCAUUACCGUGCCAAUUGCGAUAUUCUACGGCGACAAUGAUUGGUUGGUCAGCAGUGAGGAUGUGAAGAAACUUUACUAUCUGUUACCCAACAUAUUGGAUAUGUACAGAGUACCGUUUCCUAAAUUUAAUCACCUGGAUUUCAUCUGGGGCAAGGACGCGCCUGAGCUCGUGUACAAGAGGCUGCUUGAGUAUGAAGAAGAUUUGAAAAAGCUAAAGAUUAUGAAGAAGAUAAUGUGCCAUAACGAUAAUAAAGAUAAGAAAUGACUGAGACACCAAAUCUUUUCGGUGUUAUUGUGAUCUUAAAUUAAAAAUAAAUUCGGCUUACUAUUUUAUAAGUUUGUAGCUGUAUUAAAAUGACGCUAUUUUGCCACUUUGAUCGUUAUUUUGAUGUGAAACUGGAUGAAUGAAAUUUUCAAU